AUGGAGCCGGGCAAGGAGCCCCGGGCGGCCGCGGGGGAGAAGCCCGGCGAGCCCGAGCCGGCGGUGUCCUUCCAGGCGCGGCUGUGGAAGAACCUGCAGCUGGGGGGCAAGGGCCGGAGCGGCGGCGGGCGGGCGGCGGCCGAGCGCCGCACUGCGGAGCCCCCCGCCCCGCCGCCGGCGGCCAGCGGCAAGGGCGACCUGCCGCCCGGCGCCCGCUGGGGCGGCUUCAGGCGGCGGAGGCAAGUGCUGGACCGCGUCUUCUCCUCCUCCCAGCCCAACCUCUGCUGCUCGGCCGCCGAGCCGCUGGAGCCGGGCGGCGAGUCCGGCUCCGCCCUGCGCCGCCUGCGGGAGCACCUGCUCCCCCAGGGCAAGGGGCCGCCGCCCGCCCGCCGCGAGGAGCCCGCCGCCGGGGAUGAGGGGCCCAAGGGCGGGAAGGAGGGGCGGCGGCCCGGGGCGCACCUGUCCCACCAGAAGAGCUCCUCGCUGCCCAGCACCGCCUGCCUGGAGCAGCUGCUGCAGGGCUCGCCCACCGCCGGCAGGAGGAAGGAGCAGCGGGCGGAGGACGGCGACGGCGGCGCGAGAACAAAUUUGGUUGGAACGAGUAAUGCAGAUUUUCCCUCUGGGGAUCCCGGGAUGUACCAGUUGGACGUUACUCUAAGAAGAGGACAGAAUUUAGCAGCACGGGACCGUGGAGGAACCAGUGAUCCGUAUGUCAAGUUCAAACUUGGAGGAAAAGAGGUGUUUAGAAGUAAAACGAUACACAAGAACCUCAAUCCUGUGUGGGAAGAAAAAGCUUGCAUUCUUAUAGAUAACCCAAGAGAACCGUUGUAUAUAAAGGUCUUUGACUAUGAUUUUGGACUUCAAGACGACUUUAUUGGUUCGGCAUUUUUGGAUCUCACUUCAUUGGAAUUAAACAGGCAAACAGAUGUUACCUUGAGUCUGAAGGAUCCUCAUUACCCUGACCAUGAUCUGGGAAGUAUAUUGUUAUCGGUUCUGUUGGCACCUAGAGAAGAACAGCGAGAAACAAUGCUAAUGAGGAAGAGUUGGAAAAGAUCAAGUAAGUUUCAGACCCAGAGCUUACGUCUCUCAGACCUGCACAGAAAAUCUCAGCUAUGGAGAGGGAUAGUUAGUGUUACCUUAAUAGAAGGUCGUGAACUUAAGGCGAUGGAUGCAAAUGGACUGAGUGAUCCUUACGUGAAGUUCCGGUUGGGGCAUCAGAAGUACAAGAGCAAGAUUGUGCCAAAAACUUUGAAUCCUCAGUGGAGGGAACAGUUUGACUUUCAUCUCUAUGAAGAACGAGGUGGAAUUAUUGAUAUUACCGUGUGGGACAAAGAUGCUGGCAAAAAGGAUGAUUUUAUUGGCAGGUGCCAGGUUGACCUGUCGACCCUGAGUAAAGAGCAAACCCACAAGUUGGAGAUGCCGCUGGAGGAGGGAGAGGGAUGCCUGGUGUUGCUGGUCACUCUCACAGCCUCAGCUGCUGUCACUAUCUCUGACCUCUCCGUCAACUCCCUGGAGGACCAGAAGGAGCGAGAGGAGAUACUAAAGAGAUAUAGUCCAAUGACGAUGUUCCAUAACAUGAAGGAUGUGGGAUUUCUUCAGGUGAAGGUCAUCAGGGCAGAAGCAUUGAUGGCAGCUGAUGUCACAGGUAAAAGUGACCCAUUUUGUGUAGUUGAAUUGAACAAUGACAGACUGCUGACACAUACCGUCUACAAGAACCUCAAUCCAGAAUGGAACAAAAUCUUCACAUUCAAUGUUAAAGACAUCCACUCGGUGCUUGAAGUGACAGUUUAUGACGAAGACCGCGAUCGGAGUGCUGACUUCCUAGGCAAAGUUGCUAUACCGUUGCUGUCUAUUCAAAAUGGUGAACAGAAAGCCUACGUCUUGAAAAACAAGCAGCUGACAGGGCCAACAAAGGGGGUCAUCUAUCUUGAAAUAGAUGUGAUUUUUAAUGCUGUGAAAGCCAGCAUACGAACCUUAAUGCCCAAAGAACAGAAGUACAUUGAAGAGGAAAACAGACUGUCUAAACAGCUACUGUUAAGAAACUUUAUCCGGAUGAAGCGUUGUAUCAUGGUGCUCAUAAAUGCUGCCUACUACAUUAGCAGUUGCUUUGACUGGGAUUCUCCCCCAAGAAGUCUUGCUGCUUUUUUGCUUUUUCUUUUUGUGGUCUGGAACUUUGAGCUCUACAUGAUACCACUGGCUUUGUUGUUGCUGCUGGCAUGGAACUACUUCUUGAUUGUAUCAGGGAAAGAUAACAGGCAACAUGAUACGGUAGUGGAGGACAUGCUAGAGGACGAGGAAGAAGAGGAUGACAGAGAUGACAAGGACAGUGAAAAAAAAGGAUUUAUGAAUAGACUUUAUGCCAUCCAGGAGGUGUGUGUCAGCGUCCAGAAUAUCCUUGAUGAAGUGGCUUCCUUCGGAGAGCGGAUCAAGAAUACAUUCAACUGGACUGUCCCAUUCCUGAGCUGGCUGGCGAUUGUUGCCCUCUCCGUCUUCACCAUCAUUCUGUAUUUCAUUCCACUGAGAUACAUUGUCCUUGUCUGGGGCAUCAAUAAAUUUACAAAGAAGCUUCGAAGUCCAUAUGCAAUUGAUAACAACGAGCUACUUGACUUUCUGUCCAGAGUCCCUUCAGAUGUGCAAGUGGUGCAGUACCAUGAACUGAAACAAGAUCCCAGUCACAGCCCGAGCAAGAGGAAGAAAAACAAUCCUGGCUAG